AUUAACUGACACCAAAAACGAUCUACAUAUGUACCAAGCACUGAUCAUGUCAUAGUCUACAGUAUUUUUGAUAUAGAUAACACGUCUUAUGCUGUUGAUUUAAGUAGGACAUUGACACAUUGACACUGGACAGAUGGCGGCUUCGUUAAAGACUGACCAAAGGUCGGGCCUUAGCUACGUCUACAAGCUGCCUAACCUCCCACAGGACAGUCGUAUCAUACCAGACUACCUAGAUGACAAGGUCAAGGAACACCCGGAACGCCAGGCGGCGGUCUAUUACCCAAUGGGUGGUGGGAAGUCAUGCAUCACGUACAGGCAGUUACAGGACCAGUCAGUGCAAUUGGCUGCAGGUCUUAUAAAGACAGGACUGAAGGUGGGGGAGUGCGUUCUGCUUAUUGCACCAAAUUGUUUGGAAUACAUCGUCAUCGAGAUGGCGUGCGCGAGAAUCGGUGUUUGUCUUAUAUUCCAAAAGUUCGGUUCCCCGGCAACUGAUGCUGUUGAAAUGGCCAAAUCCACGGGUUGUUCUGCCGUCAUCGUUUGCGCUUUCGGCUCCUCUGCUCUAUACGGCGAAAGUAUCGUACAGGAAUGGCAGAAAACUCCAAGAGAUGGCAGCACCGAUCCUCCCCUCGCAAUAUGCGCCGGGUUCAAAGCUACCGAAGGUAACCUUUCUUACGAAGACCUGGUCCGACCCAAUGAAUUGGCCAGUGCAGAAGAAAUACACACCGUGUUUGAAGUUCAGAGCGCGGUUCAAAUGGAAGAUCCCUUGCUUGCAUUAAUGACAUCUGGAAGCACUGGCAAGCCCAAAGUUGUCCUUUAUAACCACUUCCAAUUCAUUAACGUCCUCCGAGCGUCUUGUUUCACGCUGCCAAAUGUCGACGGAGCACGUUAUUUUAACGAUCGACCAUUUUCAUGGGCCGUUGGCGCGAUGUUGGGUACGUAUUUGAUUCCGUUUUCUGGUAUAACACUUGUGUUCUUAGACCCAGAGAUUUCUGUUCGUAAAGGAGACGUCGUCAUGAUAAGGAAUAUACUGCAAGAUGAGAGAUGCACACACGCCUUCCUCAUGGCUUAUAUUAUGUACGACUUGAUUCACGCCGAUGCCAUACCUGAAUAUGGACUCUCGCUUGUGGAGUAUGCAUUAAGCGCCGGGCAGCCACUGGUAAAAGAAAUGACGUCAAAGUUUAUGGCGAAAUUUCCCAACGUGCUUCUAGGACAGACAUAUGGUUGUACGGAGUUUGGCCCAUUUGCUUUCCAGACCUAUUCCAUGGUUGCAGAUACAGACCAUGUCAGCUUCAAUUGUCUGGAAAUGGCACCGAAUACUGAAGCAACAGUUGUGAAUAACGACGGACGGUUGGUGACCAAAAACACGGUUGGGGAGCUUCUUCUUCGUGGACCACACUUAUUUGAAAGGUAUGUUACUAAUGAAGAAGGGACCAAGGCUGCCUGCACUCCUCAGCAUUGGUUUAAAACAGGCGACCUAGUAACCAUGAACGACGACGGUUGCAUCCGUUUUGUUGCGAGGAUGUCAGACGCCAUCAAGAGGGCUGCGGUUCUAAUAUAUCCCGUUGAAGUCGAGAUGGUGAUAUCUAAACACCCAGAUGUGGAUCAGGUCGUUGUUGUAGGAGUUCCUGAUGAGAGAUUCACCCAGGAGUUGUGCGCAUGCGUCAUCCUCACCCACAGUCCUGGAUCCUCCGAGGAACGCCUGGAUGCCAUUAAGGAAUGGACGUUGGAUCAGUUUCCGCCAGGUCCGGAUGGCCUUUCUCUUUCUCCCAAAUAUUUCCUCUCCUUCCAGGAUUUCCCUAAAACAUAUAAUGGUAAAACGAGCCGACGUGAUCUUACAAAGAUGGCAGCUGAAAAAUAUGGAUGUUGAAAAUAUGAACUUUCCUCCUGGAUAA